CUCACUGACUGUCUGUUACGCUUCCUUUGAGGAUCAGACUGUCAUAAGGUGAGCAUUCAAAGUAGUGGUUCACCAUGGCCAGAGCCCUGUGGUUUGAGUUCCAAAGCCAGAAUCAUGCCGCUAUGAAAUAAAGGGGUGCAAGAAAAAGAAAAAAAAAGAACCUGCCCUGGAGAGUUCAGAAAAUAUCAGUUGUGGGGCUACUGUUCCUCAUCCCCCUGCCUCUUUUGUAAAAAAUAAUAAUUUAUGCAUCUGACAGAGAAUAACCAUCGCAUAUCUCCAUGUGUGUCUUCUGCUUCCCAAAAGCUCUUGCCCAGAUAUUCAAAACCUAUUUUAUGGCCAGUUACAACUUUGAAUUUGGUAACUGGCCGGUGGACUUCCGUUGGGAUGAAGCCGGAAACUACACCGAUUCUACUAACCGUGGGGUCACCAUUGGGAGAAGCCACGGCCGCCAGAUCCUGGUCAAAGCUGCGCCAGGGACACAUCCGCUGGCCUCGGCCUUCCCCACAGGACAAUAUAGAGAGGGGAACUCCGGAUGGGGCUUCAUGAGCAGCAUCAAGCAGAUGCCCAGCCGCCUCGCCAGCUACAUCAUGGCCCACUCUUUAGGCCGCUGGCUGUUGUACCCAGGUUCUGUGUUCAUCCUGAACCAAGCCCUGUUGCCCAUCUUGGCCAAAGGUCAAGCUUGCCUCUUGCGAGACUAUAAUGGCAAACGGGCCAAACUGGUGGCUCGGGAUGGGAAUAAGAUUGACACUAUGUUCAUAGACAGGAGGACCAAGCAGAAGGGGCAAGUGGAAGAACGCGGGAAUUGGUUAGUGGUGUGUUGCGAGGGGAACGUCAGCUUUUAUCAAUGGGGUUGCCUCUUCACGCCUCUGAAAUCCGGAUACUCCGUGUUGGGAUGGAACCACCCUGGUUUCGCUGGAAGUACGGGCAAGCCCUACCCAGAGAAUGAUGCCAACGCAGUGGACGUGGUGAUCCGUUACGCCCUCCAACGUCUAGGCUUUAGGAUACAAGACAUUAUAGUAUACGGAUGGUCCCUCGGAGGCUAUUCCGCCACCUGGGCAGCCAUGUCCUACCCAUCGUUGGGAGCUUUGAUCCUAGAUGCCACUUUUGAUGACUUGCUCCCCUUGGCGUUGAAUGUGAUGCCCAAGAGCUGGAAGAAGCUGGUGGUGCGGACGGUGAAGGAGCAUUUCAACCUCAACGUGGGAGAACAGCUCUGCAAGUACCAGGGGCCUGUGCUCCUGAUCCGGAGAACCAAGGACGAGGUCAUCACCACCUGUCCGUUUGGCAUGGAGGACCAGAUUGCCAAUCUCCGGUGCAACAGGGCCAACGCUCUCCUGAUCCAGCUGCUGGAGCACCGCUACCCGGACAUCAUGUGCCAAGAAGGGGUGGAAGCCGUCCAUGACUGGCUCCGGGCCGCCAACCCCAAGCAAGAGGAGGCCAUCUACCAGCGCUACAAAAUCAAUGACAACUGGUGCCUCAAGAAACUGUGGGCUUACAAAGCCAACCCUAAGCAUGGAAGCUAUUUCCCAUGGCGAGUCGGGACGUCCAUCACCUGCAGAGAGAAGCAGCAAAUGGCUGUGUUUCUAGCCAAGAAGCACUUGAGGAAUGUGGAGGCCAGCCAUUGGGCCCCCCUGAGGCCCCAUGAUUUCCAGAUGCCCUGGAGUUUAUAGCUGAGGCCAAGGAGUUGGGAUUCAGAAGACAUAGGAAAGGGAGAGACAAAAAGACAGAAAAAAAUGAAAAAGAGAGAGGGGUUUGGAAUA